AUGCCGUGGUGGGCGUAUAUGGCUGUGGUCCCCUAUCUUUUUUAUUUUUCAGAUUGUGAAAACGUUUCUCAGGACAGUGGUAUGUUACUCUUUAUACCCAAAGAAGAAAAUAAAGAAAAUGUAGCCAUAGGAAAGCCAACAGGGAUAUCUACUAUAAAACACAAUAUGCCGUCAUGCAGAGCCGUGGAUGGUGAUUUUACGACCUUUUUUCAUACUCAUAAAGUAACUUUCUCUUGGUGGUGCGUGGAUUUAUUGAAAUAUUAUGAUUUUACAAAGAUCACCAUUUAUAACAGAGACGAUCCAAAUACGGAACCUAAUAGAAUAAAAACUUUUGAAAUUGGAUUUAAAAACGAAGGAAGCUGUAACAAUGCAACCUAUCUGGCAGCUACUUGGUGUUAUAAAGACGACCAACAAGUUCAAACAGUUUACCAUAUAACCGGAUGUAACAUGUCACCAAUCCAACCUUUUGGUUCCCGCUUCAUCUUUGUCAAGUUAGAAAGAGUUCCAAUAUAUCCUUUACAUUUUCGGGAGAUGAUUGUUUCAGUUUCUUAA